CCGAGGCCUCUUUUGUGCUCUCGGAUUCUUGGGUGCAAGGUAGCCUCAUUAGUGCCCGGAGACCAGCCCAUCUCCAGGGAGCAGGCAGACAGACAAGGGGGGGACCAGGGGCAUAGUGAUCCAACCCUGGCCUCUGAAUGCCUCAGCGCCCAUUCCUUGGGCCUGGCCUGGAGACAGCCCCCCUGCACAAGGCUAAUCUUAGACUUGCCUUUGUCUGGCCCCGGAGUGGACGCAAGUGCCUGUCUCUUCCCCGCCACCUCAGAGCACUAUAAACCCCAGGCCCCUGGUGGUGGGUCACAGUAGACAGCUUCAAGGUUCCUGGCUAUCUGGACCACUGCAGACACCUCCUUUCCUGGCUACCCUGCGCUCCAGACACUAUGAAGCUUCCUUCCACAAAGGUCUCUUGGGCCGCCGUGACGCUACUGCUGCUUCUGCUACUGCUGCCGCCCGCGCUGCUGUCGCCCGGGGCGGCAGCGCAGCCCCUGCCCGACUGCUGUCGCCAGAAGACGUGCUCCUGCCGCCUCUACGAACUGCUGCACGGCGCGGGCAAUCACGCGGCGGGCAUCCUCACGCUGGGCAAGCGGCGACCUGGGCCCCCCGGCCUACAGGGCCGGCUGCAGCGCCUCCUGCAGGCUAGCGGCAACCACGCCGCCGGCAUCCUGACCAUGGGCCGCCGCGCAGGCGCAGAGCCAGCGCCGCGCCCCUGUCCCGGGCGCCGUUGUCCUGCCGCGGCCGCCACUUCCGUCGCGCCUGAGGGACUGUCUGGGGUCUGAGCCAUUCUUCGGGCCCUGUCCUGGCCCUGCCCUCUCCCCUCUGCCCACCCGGCAUCAGCCCCCAGCAAAACGGCAAUAAAGGCGAGUCUCCGUUCUUG